AUGACUUCAUCCAGGUCUUACAACGACCUAAGCAUGGCUGUUGACGAGUUGGUAAACGCCUGUCAACAAGGCAAUACCACACAUGUCAAGGCGCUAUUAGAUGGAGGAUUGAGUACUCGUCUCGGUCUACGAAAAGCUCUCGAGAAAGCCAUUUUGAAUAAUCACGCAGAAAUUGUGAAACUGCUACUGGGGAGGGGCGUAUUGGAUCAUUGCAUACUAAGCUCAGAGGACGAAUGGCCUUGGCUACUGGAGCCCGCAGAUACUACUAGAAGUUUACAGUUCGCCGCAGUGAACGGAAAGACAGAGGUGGUUACAGCCCUCAUUGAAUGGGAUAUUCGCCUUGUGGAUUGCGUGGAUAGUCUUAAACGCACGGCUCUUUCGUUUGCAGCCCGGGCAGGUCAUAUUGAGACGGUGCGUGUCUUGAUUGCUGCUGCUGCAGAUAUAAAGGCUGUAGACGUUUAUGGCCUGACUGCACUGGACCAUGCUCGAGCAGCCUAUAACAGGGACAUUGUUGAGUGUCUAGAGGCGGAGAUUGCUAGAGUUAAAGCAUAA